CAAGAGCCCACUGGUGCUAUGGCAGGUGUACUGAGUGGAUCACUGUAUGCACAGGCCCAUCCGCUCCCUGGUCCUCUGCCCUCCAGAGUGUUACACCCAGAUGAACACCUCCAUCAAAACCAACCCUUUUACGUUCCCAAUGUCCAACCUCUCUUCCCAUAUCAGUGGUCCAUGCCAACUCCAUAUGCUCCCUACGGUGGAUUUCAUGGAUCAGGUUACGGCAUGAUGCCACUACUACUUCCCCCGUGUUUGGAAGUCCCUGGAUACAUGAUUCCUCAUGCUCAACUGCCCAUAUUGGACUACAGACGAAUGACUCCCCAUGUGGCUCCAAUUAUUGCCCACCAGACCCACCGAUCCCAUUUCCAAAACGGUUUGCCUGUUGGUCGUGUGAUGGUCAGCUCAGAGGUGCAAACUGAACCCUUUUGUCAUAGCAUAGACUCACAUGGACAUGCAGCAAGGUCCCAAACUUGUUCUGAAUCAGGUAGGGGUACUGGCUGUGACAGUCCAGUGUCAACAUCCCCCUGCUCCUCAGAUAACAAAUCAGUAGCUUGCCCUGAAGGUACAUCCACACUGACUCAAAAUUGCAAUGCCACCAAUACUAUUGACAUUACUGGUUUAUCUGCUGUUCCCAAGACUGAAGUCCUCCAAGCCGAACGGGUACAAAUCAAAUGCAAUGAAAUGCCUUCUGGGCUUAAGAUCUUUCAGAACAUGGAGCUAGUUAGUCAGAACGAAACUGACCUUUUGCAGUGCAGCUUGGCAUCUGUACAAUCUUCAGAGGAUGUCGUCUUGUGCUCUUACCAGUCAUUAGCAGUAAGGAAGGAUAAACGGAAGGUUGAAGCUGGGAUGUUAAGAUACUCCAGUAAGCAUUGUCUCCCUGCUUGUACAGAAGUUACUGUGGUGAGAACUUCUCCAUCUUGUAGAACUUUUAAAACGUAUCCUAAGCCAAGCAGAUCUGUCGUUACCCAAAGCCUUAAAGCAAAGAAAAAAUCAGAGAUGCCUUUUCAUACAGAGGAGAAGGAAGAUGGAAACUCUACCAAUGUUCCCUUUAAGAUUCUGCGGCUGCCGUUUGACAUACAGUACCAUGACCAGCCUUGUCAGCUCGAGGCUUCUAUCUGGUCGGUAGAGUCUUUUAACCCGUAUGUGCCGUCCAGUGAGUGGAUGAUUGAGAAUGGCCUUCUAACCCCUCAGAAACCUUUGAGCCCACUGAUUGAAACCAGUCAUAGUAUCUCAAAGACAAAUUGUGUUCCUGUAGGGAAGCAUCAACAAACUGAUGCAUCUACUAAAUAUCAUGGUCUUCCACAUCAACUAGAGACCUCUAUCUGGUCGGUAGAGUCUUUGAUGCCGUAUGUGCCGUCCAGUGAGUGGAUGAUGGAGAAUGGUCUUCUAACCCCUCAGAAACCUUUGAGCCCACUGAUUGAACCCAGUCAUAGUAUCUCAAAGCCAAAUUGUGUUCCUGUAGGGAAGCAUCAACAAACUGAUGCAUCUACUAAAUAUCAUGGUCUUCCACAUCAACUAGAGACCUCUAUCUGGUCGGUAGAGUCUUUGAUGCCGUAUGUGCCGUCCAGUGAGUGGAUGAUGGAGAAUGGUCUUCUAACCCCUCAGAAACCUUUGAGCCCACUGAUUGAACCCAGUCAUAGUAUCUCAAAGCCAAAUUGUGUUCCUGUAGGGAAGUAUCAACAAACUGAUGCAUCUACUAAAUAUCAUGGUCUUCCACAUCAACUAGAGGCCUCUACCUGGUCAGUAGAGUCUUUGAUGCCGUAUGUGCCUUCAAAUGAGUGGAUGGUUGAGAAUGGAUUUUUAACUCCUCAGAAACCUCUGAGUCCACAGAUUAAAUUCAGUGAUGUUCUGUCAGAGAUGAAUCAGUCUUCCACUAAUGGUAUUCCAGUAGGGGUAAGUCAACAAACCGGUGCAUCAACUAAACGUGAAGACUCCCUUAGCUCACUUAAGGCCCACUCACCAUACCGUCCCUCAACAAGCUGGCUGGCUGACUUUGGUAAUGUAUAUUACUACAGUAAGUUACCCAUUGAACAACAACAGCCUAACAUUUCAGAGAGGCGGCUACCAAAGAUGUCCCUUGCCAUUGGUCUUGAAUCUUCUCUCAGAAAUGGGAAAGACACCAGGAACCAAAGACCAGCAAUUGAUGUCUCAGAUCAGAAGCAUGGUUCGGUUCAUACUUGCAAGCGCAAAGCAAAAAGCAGUCCGAGGCUUGAUGGAUCUGCAAUGACGUGUGGUUGGGUUUCUCAUUCCACAUUGGAGAAAAAGCUUCCCUUCUGCACAUCAUGUAGAUAUAACAUGAAAGGAAAGGAUCAUAGAAAGCUUUCUUUUUCAGAUGGUCUUUGUUGCAAAAGAGAAGAGAUUGCUAAAAUGAUAACCUUUGAUGACAAAAGGGCUACUGAGGGAGUCCAUGAUAUCCAAAAAAUUAUUUUGGGAAAUCAUGUGGCAAAAGGCUGUGCUGCUUAUCAGCCUAAAAUCAGAGAUCAAACGGGACUGUUCGAAAAUUACCAAUGCCUUAAUGCCAGCGCUGCUCAAGAUAAAUGUGUUGACCUUGAAUGGAGAACUUGGGAAAAGAGUGGGGAAGACUGUAUUAUCAACCCAAAUGAGAGAUUGUUACAGAGACUGCAGAAAGACAAUGCAUGGAAAGGAAGAAUGCAGGCACCUAAAAACUGAAAGAAGGAUCCAGAAAAAGAAA